AUGCUUAAUAAAGACUUAUGGUGGAAUCUCAGAUUCUUGUGCAUUAUUACAUUUGAUUCUUCUUACUGUGUUACUGUUAUUCUUGUUAUUCAUGAGGAAUUUGGUAUUCUUGAAGGUUUAAUGACAACUGUUCAUGCAACUACAGCAACACAGAAGACUGUUGAUGGCCCAUCAAUGAAGGAUUGGAGAGGAGGCCGUGGAGCUGGACAAAAUAUCAUUCCUAGUUCUACUGGUGCUGCAAAGGCUGUUGGAAAGGUUCAACAAUCACUGAUCAUCUUUUGUUUUGCAUACUCUGAUAUUUUGGUCUCCUAUCACCACAGAAAACAUGUUUAGACAACUUAGCUUACUUGGGAUUAUAAUGGAAUCAAAUUAUUUCCAUGUUGUU